GUCACAGCAUCAUGCUACGGGCUCUCCCCUCCAGCCGGAUUUCUGUGUACAGCAUACCAGCUCCAGACACCAAGCGGACUGCAGGGCAGGAAUGCCCACAUAUUUGCUACUACCCAUCCCGUCAAAAGUAUCAUGUCUUCAAAAGGAUGAAGUUGUGUUUCUGGAGGAGGUGGCUUCUAGGAAUAUUACCUGUAGUUUCUUUAACAGUUACAGUAAUCGUGCUAGUCCUGCACUAUUCUUUCUCUCCAGCUUUCUCCUUCAUUUAUAUUGGUGGAAGCCUAGAAAUUCCUAAUUUGACUUACACAAAUGACCUCAAUGAUCCAACAUCACAGAAAUUCCUCCUGCAAGCAGAAGCGAUCCAAAAUUAUUUGGCAGAAACAUAUGAGUCUUCCUUCUUGGGAAAGUACUACUUGAAGUCUGUAGUGGCUGCUUUCAGUGAAGGAGAAUUUGGACUUCGAGCUUACUACUGGAAUACAUUCUGGGCACCACAAGAUAUAGUUGCUUCUCUUAAGAAAUUAACCCCAGUGGAACAGAAAGAAAUGUGUAAUAAACAAGCAGCUCACUUGUUCAGUUCCUCUGGGGAGGAAGAUUUUGAUCUUGUUUCAAUGGAGCUUUUUGUUUCAGAUUCCACAGAAUAUGAUGUGAUGCUAAAAUCAGCAGUGUCCUUUGACCUGUAUGCCAAGCCAGGUAACAACAGGACUCUAACUCUGAUGAAUCCCAAAAAGUCUUUUUAUCAAUGGAGGCUGCGAGUUCCUUCUAACUGUGUGGUGAGACUGGUGGUUAUCAAUCUGCAUGGUGUCACUCCAGAGAGCUGUGCAUCACACCACUUGUCAGCAUAUGAUUUCCUCCUUCCACUGCAAAACAAGAUCAUUACCAGGUGGUGUGGACCUGGGGCCUGGACUCCUUCUGUUGUACGUUUAACUUCAUCUAGCAAUGUAAUGUUGCUUACCUUCUCACUGGACCAAAGAGAAGGAAGCAGCAUAUUAAAAGCUCACUUUCAAGCCAUUCCUAAAAUCAUGUGUGGUGGUCAUUACGUUUCCUGGAACGGGACACUGAGUUCCCCUUACUACCCGAGUUACUACCCACCAAACAUCGACUGCAGCUGGAUCAUCAAAGCACCAUUGCCUGGCUACAAGCUGUCACUAAAAAUCCUUGUAAUACAAAUUCAAGAGAAGUCUCCAGGUUCCAGUAAAUGUGAUAAAGACUGGUUAGAAAUUGAUGGAGUUAGAUACUGUAAAGCUCUUUCAGAAAACAACAGAAACAGAGAGUAUGGCUAUUCUGUUGCAAUCAACUUCCAUUCUGAUGAACUGGUCACCCACAGAGGGUUUUAUAUUGAAUAUAAAGCCUUCAGUCACACAGACCGUUGUAAUCCAGAACGGUUGAACUGUGGUGACAGGAAGUGUAAGCACCAGUACAGGUCUUGUAAAGACGAUGACAGCUGUGGGGAGGACAGUGAUGAAAACAACUGCUCCUACAAACACUGCUCUCCUUAUGCAUACAAAUGCCUCAAUGGAAAGUGCUUGCUGAAACCAAAUCCUGAGUGUGAUGGGAAGAGAGACUGUGCAGAUGGAUCUGAUGAAAUGAACUGUGCUUGUGGGAGACACCAGAUUAAGAAAAACAGAAUUGUUGGAGGUGAAGAUGCAAGAUCUGGAAAGUGGCCUUGGCAAGCAAGUUUACAGAUGGGAGCACAAGGUCACGUAUGUGGCGCAUCUGUUAUUUCCAACAGGUGGCUCAUAUCUGCUGCCCACUGCUUCCUGGAUUCUGAUUCUGUGAGAUACUCUGUUCCUUUGGGAUGGAGAGCAUAUAUGGGCUUACAUACUAUUAAUGGAAAGAGCAAUCGGGUAGCUAUGAGAUCAAUCAAGAGGAUUAUUGUCCACCCACAGUACGACCGAUCUAUCUCAGAUUAUGACAUUGCCCUGUUGGAAAUGGAGAUGCCUGUAUUCUUCAAUGAGCUGGUACAGCCCAUUUGUUUACCCAGCACCUCUAGAGUAUUUCUUUAUGGAACUGUCUGCUAUGUAACUGGCUGGGGAGCCAUAAAAGAAAAUAGUCAUUUUGCCAAAACACUACAAGAAGCUCGAGUGAGAAUAAUUAACCAAAGUGUUUGCAACAAGCUGUAUGAUGAUCUUAUUACCUCACGUAUGCUCUGUGCUGGGAAUCUCAAUGGUGGCGUUGAUGCAUGCCAGGGAGAUUCUGGAGGUCCCUUGGCCUGCACAGGAAAGGGAAAUAGAUGGUAUCUUGCUGGCAUUGUGAGCUGGGGUGAAGGAUGUGCUCGGCGCAAUCGUCCUGGUGUGUACACGAAGGUGACGGCACUUUAUGACUGGAUCCAUCAGAACACAAACUGAUCAGCCAAGGAGAAAAUGCACAUCAUCUCUGUAUGAAAGACACUUCCUACUGUAGCCUAUCUGAUGACAUAAAAGGAAAAUGCCAUUGACUGUUUCUUUGUGAAAGAAUACACUUUCUUAAUGAAGAAACUAUAAUUUGUGGUUUAUCUAGAAAUAACUGAUCAGAUCCAGAGCAACAUCAGGUUCCUUAUGGAUUCAUCUUCCUUAUCCCCAUUACUGGAAACAGCACUGCCUCAAGAACAAAACAAAAUGGAUUUGAAUCUGUAACAAAAAUCCAGCCAAAUCUCUCUUGUGCAUGUCUUCUCUUCUUCCAUAUCUCUUGCUAUCUAUAUAUCUCUAAACAUAUAUCUGCAUAUUCAGAGUCAUAUUCCAUAUAUAUUCAGCUCAUGUAUAUUGCCUUAGUCAUGUUCCAGGAUUCUAAACAUAAAUAAUUAUUUCAUAUUUCUCAAAAAUACCAGUAGUGUUUAGUGUACAAAGCUUAGAUUAAUUCAUCCUCUUGUUAUGCUCCCACUGCCCGACUAUUACUUUCUGGGCUGUAACUUUUGGGUUUUCUCUUUUGUUUUCCUAAAAAUACCAUAUAUAUUGCUCACAAAUGUUAGGAUGUAAGAAAUUUCUCUUAAAGAACUAGAAGAAUGUGAUGCCUAGGUAAAUGGAAAGAAUUAAUCAGUUGUAAUUAAUUAAACUAAAAAACCCUAAUGCUUCUUCUUGCAUUGUCUUUACAAUUUGAACAUAACUGAAGGGUUUAAUGUUUUCAGUUUGUUACAGAUGUAUUUCCCCAGCUCUGUCUCUGGCAUGCAUUGUGAAUCUUAAGCAUGUGUUCACUGUUUUUCCUGAUUUCCUUGGUCCACAGCAAGCAGAGUUUCAAGCUCAGGAUUUUUGGGUUUUGUAUCUUUCUGGGCUGUGCCCAUGUGGCCACAUUUCAUUGAAAAGGACAUGAAAGGAAAAUAGAUUUAUGUGAUUGGAUUCAUCCUCGGGCUCAAAAAAAGUAGAAAAGGAAAUGACAGCCACAUUCCUUUAACUCUGUCAGUAAAUCUGAUUUUGAUAAUUACAAUCUCCUGAUCAUCCCAAAUCUAGCUGAUUUAAGAUUUCCAAAACUGCUUAUGGGACUUCAGAAUACUGGUAUUUAACUUAAUAAAAGAUUUAUUUAAAUGGCCUUAAGACCAUGCAGAUGGUCUUUAAAUUGUGCUCAAUAUUUGGAAGUGUUUAGCUUUCACAUUUAACGUA